AAGAUUAUUAUCUUAUUAUGUUAAUUAAUAUCAUCAUAUUAAACUAAUUAAUAUUACCUAGUAAAAGCUUAAACAGACAAUGAUAGUGUUCUAUUUCGAUGUUUAAUAAUAAUAAUAACAAUAAUAUGGAAAGUUUGAAACAACGCAACGUAAAUUUAAAAAAAAAAAUUCAAAAAUCUAAAUCACUUGAUAUCCUUAAAAAAAAGUAUGAGAAGAUAGCAUUAAAUAUAGUGAUUGAAUUAAUAGACGGUGGAUUAGAAGAAGAUAUCAUAUUAGACAAAUUACGAUCAAUUAAUGUUUGCCACUAUGAAGAUAUAGUAGAAGAAAGAUUUAUUUUAAAACAAUGUGGAUAUAUUUUCUGCAAUCAACAUUUGACAUCUAUACCAACGCAGCAGUAUAAAAUAAUUAAUAACAAAGUUUACGAUAUUACAGAACGGAAGAAAUUUUGCUCAGAUAUAUGCUAUAAAAGUUCAAAAUAUCUAAAAAGUCAACUUUUAACCAGUCCUUUAUGGUUACGUGAGUCAGAAAUAAUACCUAAGUUUAAACUACUAAAGUCAGCACCAAUGAAUGUCUUUAAUCCAGAAAUGAAACUUGGUAAUUCAAGUUAUUUUGACAAUGAAAAGAAAUUGGAAGAAAAUCUAUCAGGGUUGAAAAUUUAAGUUUAAAUAAAAAAUUAUACAAAAUAUAUUGUAAACUAAUUGUGUAUCUACUGUAAUUAAAUUAA